AUGAGCGCAAAUUUGGACUCAGGGUUCCCUGUUAACCCAGGUGAUGUCUUGCCUUAUGUCUGGGAUCCAGAUGAACAGGUGGAUUAUGCUUGGCACAACAUACAGGAUGGCAGGGCAGGAAAGAAAUCCCGCUGGAGAAAAAUCCCUCCAGGAAGCCUCUGGCCAGCUGUGCCUGCUCUUGCACAAGGGAUUCUGCUCACUCUUUUGCACCACAGCAGCUGUAGUCACCUCUGCCCUUCCCAAGUCACAGGAGAUAUUACAGAAGUUUGUGGAGCCAAGCGUGUGGGUUAUUUUGGUCCUGCUCAAUUUUAUAUUGCUUUGAAGUUAAUUGCGGCAGCACAGUCAGGGUUUCCAGUACGGAUUGAGAGCAUUAAGAAUGAAUUGCCUCUGCCGCGGUUUAUGGCGCUGAAAAAUGACAGUGAAAUACGUUAUGGGAAUCCAGCAGAGCUCCAUGGAGUUAAGUUUCAGGUUCCACAUGCAACUUUGGAAAAAAAUUCCUACAAAAGAACAGAUGAAGGGGACAAACAGGAAUCCAAGUCUCCUCCGAUGUCACCAAUCUGUUCACCUCCUGCUUCUCCGUCUAGUUACCAGAGAACACCCUUAAGUUAUGGAUAUGGUAAAUCAAGAGGUGGGUUGGAGCAGCAGCACGGAGCGCCUUAUGAAGUCAGACAUUCUACUCACCAGCAAGAUGGACCAUCCUCAGGGAAUUAUGGAGCCAAGUCUACACUUACAUGUUCAACUCUUACUCGGUCUCUUUCCGCAGAGCGGGAGCCGCCGGACAGCAGCGCCCAUUACGCAGAUGACCCCUGGAGAAUAACUGAGGAGCAGCGGGACUAUUACGUCAACCAGUUCCGGUCCCUGCAGCCCGACCUGAACUCCUUCAUUUCAGGUUCCGUGGCAAAGAAUUUCUUCACAAAAUCAAAGCUUCCCAUUCCAGAGCUUUCCCACAUCUGGGAACUGAGCGACGUAGAUUGCGAUGGAGCGCUGACCCUCGCAGAGUUUUGUGCUGCUUUCCACCUCGUCGUUGCUAGGAAGAACGGUUACCAGCUACCAGAGACGUUGCCAGAGACGCUGCUGCCCGACUACCUUCAAGCAGCUUCUUUGAAGCCUAUGCAUGACUGCGCGCUGUUUGAUUCUUAUUCUGAGUCAUUGCCGGGCAGUCAACAGACUAGGGACUUUAAUCGGACAGAGAAGACACCAGCUGAAGAGGUACCUGAUAAAUCUGCCCUGAUACAAGAUGCAAACAAAGAUGAUAAACAAGUUCUUAAAACAAGCAUUGCUAUCAAACCAAUACCAAAGGAAUUUCAGCACUUGACUGUGAAAACAGUUGCUCAGGAAUCUAAUGCACUUAAAGCCAGACCGAGAUCCAGGUCUUAUUCCAGCACAUCCAUAGAAGAUGCCAUGAAAAAGGGAGAAGAGCCCCCUACUCCACCUCCAAGGCCCCAGAAAUCACAUUCCAGAGCUUCCUCUCUGGAUCUGAACAAAAUAUUUCAACAAAAUGCACAAGCUGUGAGGUCUGGCUGGCUGCCCCCACCACCACCUGCAUUGCCCCCUCGACCUUCUAUAACGCAGACAGAGCAAGUAUCCGAGGUUGAAUUACAUCCUCAGAUGAAUAGACCCCCAUCACAGACAGAAGAAAACAGUUCAACAAAAAAGGAGGUCGUGCUCGGUCAGCCACCCUCCAAACCCGUCCGCAGGAAGUUCCGGCCUGAGACACAGGCGCUGGAGAACCCCGAGCUUUCUCCCACGAUAAACGUGACUUCUUCCUUGCCGGCAGUUAAGCCUCACCUACCAGUCCAAAAACAGUCUUCCAAGCAGAAAAGGGCUAUUCAGACUGCCAUACGAAAAAACAAAGAAGCCAAUGCUGUGCUAGCCAGGUUGAACAGUGAGCUCCAGCAGCAGCUGAAGGAAGUUCACAAGGAACGAAUUGCCUUGGAAACACAGUUGGAGCAGCUACGUCCUGUAACAGUCUUAUGACCUUCGGCGCAUUAUUCAGUGGCGGAAAGAGAACACUUGCGCCAAGAGUCUUGCAGCAAUAGGAGCACAACGCAACUGGGUAAAGUUUUCACCGAGGUGACGGCAGUGGGGAAGAAUGGGUUGUCAGGUCUCCUUUGCGCCCUACUACUGUGCAUAUUGACCUUUGCAGAUGAAGAAGGUACAGAAAACAAGUAUCAAACUGAAGGAUAUUUCUGAGCGGGGGAUGCUUUACCCUCUUCCCACCUUCUUUCCCGUCUAACAUGUAAAUGCAGUUUACCACUGAAAUGAAUAGCCUAAGAGUAUUUUAUUUAUGUAAAGAAUUCCUGAUUUAUAUACAUUCUUGGAGCACCUCUUGCUGCAAUUAUUAAGAGGUGCAUAAUUCCAGAAUUCUUGUUUAAAACUCAUUCUCUGAGAUGGGUUCCUGGAUAUAACUUAUUCCUGUAGGAGUAUAUCAUGGCAGAGUAUUUGUGGAUUUAAAGUAAAGUCAAAAAUAAAACUUACUGGACGUACAGAGUCUUUAUCCACGAUCACAUGUCAGAUGAUUAUUUUCUUAGUACUGUAUAUUAUUCAAUCACGAAUGUAUUUUAAUGUUAGAGGAACUGUAUUUUAUAAGUAACAAAUCAUAUGAAAGAGCAGUAAAAAGUGUUAAAAUUUGAUUAUUUUGGAAAUUACAAAAAAUAUAACUGUUUGCUACUGCCAGUGUUUGAUCACUUGCUUGCAGCUGCUAGUGUGCCUAUAAACUGUUAGCAUGUUUGAGAUCGUUGGUUUAUUGCUUUCUUGUUUAUUUUUAAACCAACAAUGUAGUUGUACUAAGAGGUUAAAAACGCAUUCUCCUCACUUUUAUAAAAGCAAAUCUAUGUGCAUUUGUAUUAGUCUGCUUUUUUGUCUUAAUAGUUGCUGAAUUGUUCUAGCAAUGUGUACAAGAACUGUAUUUCCAAAAGAAAUGAGAUUGCACAAGUGCUAUAUAUGUGGUUAUAAAAUGCUGUGAUGGAAGUUGCCUCCUACAACAAGCUAUCAUUAAGGUUCCUUUUGCACCUCACUGGAGGUGCUACUGAUAGGGUGACGCUGCUAAUACCCAUCAGUUUUCUAAAUGAAGAAGCAAAGAUUAAUUUUUAACCUGGGUCUGAUGAAGAGCCAACUGAAUUCCAUGGGGAUUUUUCCAUGCCUGCAGUGGUCUUUGGAUUAGGUCUCAGUUCUAGUAAUGGAAGCCAGCUAACUAAUGUUGUUUAAUUUCUUGGGCCAAUGUUCGUAUCAGGCAAUUUCAUACAUAACAAUGUCAGCCCUGCUCCCUUCAUGGGUAUAAUGUGUGCUUUAUUGCAAGGGAAUGUUACCUGCCUGUUAUCCACCUUAAACAUGAUGUUGGAUGUGUUUCAUACCUAUUGUUCAGUGACCUAAUUUAAGUGUGUGCAUUUGGCUUUCAAAAACUGUGCAUUGGUCUUCUUCCGUUUUCAGGAUGAUGCUUUCUCCAUAUAGCUAUAGGAUGGCCCUGGGGGCAGGAAGAAAGGAGAAACAGGUUUGAAAUAACUAAUGGCUGCACAUGGUAUAUCAAGCAGCCAAAAGUUUUGCUCAGAGAUAAAUGAGAAUGACAUCAACAUAAAUGCCCAAAGAGGUGACUAAACAGACUACUUUUGCUGAAAGGAUGUGGGAUAUAGAUCCAGAAAUCCAAAGGUGGGAAAAAAAAAAACAUUUGCACAAUUGUUACUGAAAGUCUAUUUUUGUAACAUGCUGCUUUUAAUCCAGCUAAAUAUCACUGUCAACAAUAAUAGCCAUUUCUUUGAAUUUGGGACUUCUUGUGUGACUUCCGUAGCUUGAGUGAGAUGCUCAUUCAUGGUCCAUGACAAAAUACUACAAUUGUAAACUCUCCCUGCGAGCUGGAAAAGAACUGCUAUCCUCUUGCUAUUAGUGGUAGUGUUCAGAAGUUAACAUAGUUUAUUUUUUAUGUUCAUAACACUGAACCAUUACUGAGAUUUUAAUGAGGUUAAAUGUUCUUUGUUUGCUUUUUAGUUCUCACACUGUCAUUUGGUUGCGAAAUAGCUAUUUGAUAGGCAAUAAUUGUGUGGCACUUUUGGUUUUUCUUUUAUCUGCGAUUUUUGAGGAAGGCUUUUCAACAAUUAGAAAGAAAUGUUUAAGCUGUGUUUUUAGGGCUGUCAACAGGUUUCCUGUGUUCGAUAGGAGCUUCCUCCAUUUAUUUCACCUGGGUUAGUCAUUGAAGAGAUGUUGUUCAAAGGAAGAGCUGAAAAGUCUAUUUCACAUAGCUCUUUUGGAUGUCUCACUUGUAAAGUACAGUUAUUUUCCAUUCACUGUAAGUCAGGAUACCUGGAUAACCAUCAAUGAAAUGUUUAUUCAGCUGUUAUUCCAGCGCAGGAGUUAGUAAAUUUAAAAUUUAAUUGUCACUGAGGUUACAUUUUUAGGGGUGCAAUCAAAUGCUCCACUCAGCUUCAAGGCCUGGAAUAUUAAUUGAUCUUAUAUUCUGUUUGGUGUGGUAUCAGCUAUGAUGAUGAUAUAUUGCUUUAUACAGAAAGGAAAGCAAAAUAUUCAAGGAGAAAUGUUAAUGUGUUACAUACAUGAUGCAUGAAAUCAUUCUCCUUUAGGUCUCAGUACUUCAGCAAUCGUGAUAUUCCAUGUAAAAUGAAAAAAUGACUCUUGUUUUGGGGGUUUGUUAUUAUUUUGAGAGGGAGAGGAGAAGGCAUAAUGAAGUUAUAGACAUUGCUUCUGGCAGCCAGUUGCUCAGCACAGCCAUGCCCAUGGCUACUAUUAACAUACCCUGUCUGGUCAAAAUUCACAUCGAAGUCCAGUGCUACCGAAAUUCGCAAAAAAUAUUUUUCCGUUGGAAAAAUGGGGGUUCAGAGGAGUCAUCACUUCUUGCAGAAACAUUUACGUGAUGAAGCUUUGGAUGAGAGAUGCUCCUAGACCCAAGACAAAACAACUGGUCAAAAGGGAAGAUCUCACAGCCGAUUUUUUUUUUUUUUUAUGUCUAAGGCACUUUUUUGGGCUACAGGAGAGCAAUGAGCUUUCAAGACCUUGGUCUGCCUGACCUGGAACAAGAACAGGAACCUGCCUGUCCCAGCUUGCAGCCCUACUGGGUCGAGAGCACCUUCUCGCCUAUUGGGGCUCACUCUUCAGUUCACUGGUUCUGAAGGUAUUUACACAGAGCAGAGGACUGCAGCAAGGGAGGCUGCCUGGGAACAGGAGCUAAAACACGGCUUCCUCGAACCUGACAAGGUGCACUGACCCCUAGGCUGGCCGUGUCCGUCGCCUGCUGCCCCUUUCUAAAUCUUCACUUUUCUACAGCUCUCCUAGUUUGGACAAUUAAAUAUUUUUGUCCCCAGGACAAGACAAGGCAGAGCAGGGUCUUAAACAGGCUCUUCGACAUCCCAGAUAAGGAUCCUCUUUAGCUGGGGUAUGUGCAUGUAUGUAAGUGUGUACUCAUUUGUCUUUCUUUUGAUCAUGCAUUUCUUUGUGGACUCGUUCAUGUUUGUUUCACGUAAUACCUUUCUAUGAAAUACUUGUUUCAAUACAUGGUAAUUCACUGGUGAAAAAAGGAAAAAUGUCAAACUGAGUAUAGUGAUUGUUGCCUUUGUAAAUGAAAGAUUAAUUGAGCCUUUAAAUAUAAACAAUGACUUAGUAUUAAGCAAGGUGAACAGUUUCCAUUUCAGAGGCAUCAGUUUAAACAAACUGCCUACUACAAACAUCAGUCCUUAAUAAUUAGGAGGAGGAUGUUGAUCACUAAAUUAAUACUAGGAUGAAGUGAAAAUAUUAUCAUCUUUCAGAGAGUUCUCUCUCACGUGGCUGACAUAGCAAAAAUGUGAGUCAUCAGUGAAUACAGCCCUAAAAGUGGCAUGUUGACCAAUAGCUUUUUAACUCAAAAGAUUAUCUCCCAACUGUUUUUGUGUGCACAGCAGUAGUUUUGCUGCUGGGAACUCUUUUGCUACAUCAGGGAGAGGAACUUGUUCAACUUUCAUCCAGACAUUAAGAGCGUGAUGCUAUCAGGGCUAACCAGCACAGGGAGAGGAUGACUUGUCUUGUGAAACAAUCCCAAAGGGACAGCUGAGACUUGGAGCUCUUCACAGAAAGCUUUUAGGAUUGACAUAAUGUGGAAAUUAACUUUCCCUGGUGUAUAAACUGCUUUUCUCCCAGCUGAGCUCCCAGACUGGGAGAACGAGUCUGUAAAAGUUCCUAGCCAGAGUAUGAGGAGUGUCAGUUUUCCACCACCAUCAGCCCUUUAGCCUUCAGCACACAUAGUCCUUGACAAGGAACUUCAUGGUGUUAUGAAACCAUAGGAAAAGAAGGAAAAGAGGUCCUAAUGAAGCCAUGUGUUUUUUUUGACUAAAGUGAAAACGUACUUUUUCAGGGAAAUAAAACACAAAUGAUGUAGUCCCCUUGAGAAGAAAUUGCAUAUUUUGAAGCUUUGUUCAGUUAUCUUCAUGAUAAUGUCCUGUGAACAUAUAUGUUAUGUUUUACUCUGAUAGUGAUUUUUUUUUGAGAAGAAAAAUGGUAUUGCAAGCAUUAUCCUUGUUAAUCUAAAAAAUACCCUGAGGCUACUAAAUAUUUGAAUUUUAACUUACAAAGUAGAUAGCCAGAUUUAAGGAAUUUGUUUUCACAGCUGCAGAAUGUCCAUAUGGUAAGCUGCAAAAUGUAUAGCGUUCUAUACUAUGCCCAUCCAAUUUUGGAAAAUGUAUGUGAUAUGAAACUGGGUGCUACAUUAAAAUAAAAGUGUCCAAUAGCUUCAAA